AUGAACAAUCAUGUUGCAACAUUGCUAAAAAUUUGGGAUCUUAAAGCUUUUAUUCAAGAAAAUGUUGGAUUUAGUGUUCAUAUUCCUUAUCAAAAACCUGUAAUAACAGAAAUACAUUGUCAAAUUUAUCUUGAAUAG